AUGACAGCCGGAGGUCCAUCUCCAGUGGUUCCUUCCUUGAUACUGGGUAUCCUUAGUCUAGUCAUAUGUAGUUCCACUGUAGAGAACUUAGGGGAAACUAUUUCUUCUUUAACUAUUGGAAAAGAAGCGAUGGUGUUACUUCCUAUUAUAUUGUUACUACUCAUACACUUGAUCCCACGCUUUCUCCCGACACGAUAUAACUCAUAUUCAUAUCAGUCUAGUAGUAACUCUCAUUUUGAUUCAGAAGGAUUGGGACUGGGAUAUGGUUUUUUACUCUUGGUUCUGCUCUUCAUCAUCCUCUGCCAUGUUUUCGCUUGA